CCUCCCUCAGCAAUAACUCCCUUUGCGUAGGGUUAGGGUUUUGUGGUGCAGAGAACUUCACAUCGCGACAUUGCGGCCAUGGCGACGCACGAUCUAACCCCGAGAAUCGCACCGAAUCUCGAUCGCCACUUGGUCUUCCCACUCCUUGAAUUUCUUCAGGAACGCCAGCUCUACCCCGAUGAGCAGAUCCUCAAGGCCAAGAUCGAACUUCUUAAUAAGACCAACAUGGUUGACUAUGCCAUGGACAUCCACAAGAGUCUUUACCACACUGAGGACGUUCCUCAAGAUAUGGUGGAGAGGAGGGCUGAGGUUGUGGCGAGGUUGAAGGCCUUGGAGGAGGCAGCAGCACCGCUAGUUUCUUUUUUGCAGAAUCCGAACGCUGUGCAGGAGUUGAGGGCUGAUAAACAGUAUAACCUUCAGAUGCUCAAUGAUCGUUACCAGAUUGGCCCGGAGCAGAUAGAGGCAUUAUAUCAGUAUGCCAAAUUUCAGUUUGAAUGUGGAAACUACUCUGGUGCUGCUGAUUACCUGUAUCAGUACAGGGCCCUAUGCACAAACAGUGAAAGGAGUCUGAGUGCAUUAUGGGGCAAGUUAGCUGCUGAGAUAUUGAUGCAAAACUGGGAUACUGCUUUUGAGGAACUUAAUCGGCUGAAAGAAAUUAUUGACUCAAAGAGUUACGCUUCACCUCUGAAUCAGGUGCAAAGUAGAAUAUGGCUAAUGCAUUGGAGUCUCUUCAUCUUUUUCAACCAUGACAAUGGGCGAACACACAUAAUAGACUUGUUUAAUCAGGACAAGUAUCUAAAUGCCAUUCAAACAAAUGCACCCCAUCUUUUACGGUAUCUUGCCACUGCACUUAUUGUCAAUAAACGGAGGAGGACUCAGUUCAAAGAUUUUAUAAAGGUAAUCCAGCAAGAGCAGUAUGCCUUCAAAGAUCCUAUCACAGAAUUUUUAGCAUGUGUCUAUGUCAAUUAUGACUUCGAUGGAGCACAAAAGAAGAUGAGAGAAUGUGAAGAAGUAAUUUUAAAUGAUCCAUUUCUUGGCAAACGUGUUGAAGAAGGAAGCUUUUCUACUGUGCCAUUGAGGGAUGAGUUUCUCGAAAAUGCCCGGCUUUUUAUUUUUGAGACAUACUGCCGAAUACAUCAACGGAUUGACAUGGGAGUGCUUUCUGACAAACUGAAUUUGAAUUAUGAGGAAGCUGAAAGAUGGAUUGUGAAUCUUAUAACGACCUCAAAGCUUGAUGCUAAAAUUGAUUCAAAGUCAGGAACUGUUGUUAUGGAACCCAAUCAUCCAAAUGUGUAUCAACAGAUUAUAGACCACACCAAGGCAGUAUCGGGGCGAACCUACAAGUUGGUUAAUCAGCUUCUAGAAAAAGCACAGACACAGGCUGCUCGAUGAGCUUGAUUGGGGGUUUUAUUUUCAGUUUCAACCAUUAAGACAUCUGGAAUUUCAUUUAUGAGUGAAGGACUAGAUUCAAUUUAGAGGAAAGUUAGUGAAUGUUUUUUCCCUGGAAAUAUUUGGAAAAGAAUAUUGUUUUGAUAUAAAUUUUGUUAAGAUAUUUUUGUUGUGAUUCAAGAAAAGUCUUAUUCUGAUUCCUAAAUAUUAAAUGGUAAGCCAAGCUUUGGAGGCUAUUGUCAUGAAA